AUGCAUCCACCACGGACGACAUCGACGCCGGGGGACCAACACAAAAUUGGAAUCUCACCGAACAAAAUCAUAGCGUCACCCCUACUUCAAAGUCCUCACAAACCAUCGGUAACAGGAUCUGAAGAUGUUAGUAGAAACGAGAUGGUGAAAACCGCGAAAAGCGUUGAAGAUGUUUCCCGACAGCAUCCAUACAAAUCUCCAAAAGCUGAGCAUAACAACUCUGUUCAAGCUCUCCGCGUAUCGUCGAAACCGGCAGAGACGAAGAUCGCUGAUGUUGUCAAAACCCCUCCAGGUCGGUUGAUAGAGGCAAAGACAGAUAUAGAAAUAUUUUUAAACAAAAGAAAGGGUAUGUUGGGCAAACCGCCAAAGUCUCUUAUAGGUACUGCGUUCACUGUAUCGAAGGCGAAGUUCACAUACUUAACAACGACCGACCAAACGCAAGAACAAGAUACACAGAAGCAAAUACCUGGAGCGAUUUUGCUUCAAACACGGACUAUGGAUCGUACGGGCGGACGUGAUUCUGCCAUUUGGUCAAAUUUCUCACAGAAUUUUGGAGGAUGUCUUCGUGCUCCUUGUAACAUUCUCGACACCUUAAAGUCCACCUCCAUGAUAGAGCAGUGGACGCGAGAGGCGUGGGCGGCAUUCUUGAAAUUUUCCCGAGGAAGCGCUCAACAGACCCUUUCACAGCCGUCGAACGCCAUAAUCGAAUCUUGCACCGUUUCCUUGGCAGAUUCUCCAUAUUGCGCCCCAUGGAAGGUUAUCAUUUAG